GAAUUCAAGACCAGCCAUGAAGAGGAGAUUGAACUGGCUCUAAAAGAGGUUGAUAGGUCUCUGGAGGAGUUUGAAAGCUCAUCGUCCGCCCACAAAUCAAGACCGCAUUUAUCAGAUUCGUCAAAUGUGGGACCACCUGCUUUACAAUCAGGUAUUCUUGAAGAUCUGCCUCCACCACCUCCACCACCUCCAUCUGAAUCCUCAGUGGAAGAUCUCCCAACAACUCUUUUUUCUCCCCCUCCAGGGGUGAGCCAAGCAACAGCCUUUAUUUCCCCGUACCUUACCCCUCCACCUCCUGAUAGAUACAAAACCAGUGCACCACCUCCACCUCCACGAGUAUCAACAGCCAUUGCUGGAGAGCUACUACCUCCGCCACCUCCACUGUUGACCACAUCUCAGAUUGACUUUUCCUACCUGUCCAGCGGUGAUCCUCUACCUCCACCUCCAUCUGAGACUGAAAAUCCAUACGCAGAGCUCAAAGAAGUCCACAAGACAAUCCAUGACUCUUUAGUCAACGGAGGAUUCCAAUCUCCAGCCCCAACUCCACCAGCAGUUCCACCAAUUCCACGUCCAUUCCCACCAUCAGUGCCCAACACUCCACGUUCCAGUAUGGCUUUAAGAAUCAGCGCUUCACCAGAACCAGGUCUUCCAUGGCAGGACCGGGAAAUCGGUCAACUAUCCCCCAAAACAAAACAGCGUCUUUCAUCUCUUAUGUCUUUCCCGACUAAAGACAUUGUCAGUCCACAGUCGGAACCAUCUCCUUCCAAGGAAUUAUCAGAAGGAUUACCAGAGCCUGAUGCAUUGUAUGAUAUCCUAGAAUAUGCAGAGAAGUUCUUCAACGAUCACGAGAGAGAAGUAGGUGGGACUAUCAUGAAGUCUUUGAAGAAACGAAGCAAGCAGGGGUCUUUUACAGAGUACCUGACCAAGGAUGAGAUGCUGAAGUACUGUAAAUCUGGGCUGAUCCCCACCUCCCACAUCCAUCUACAUGACACAGAGAACAUCCAUCAGGCUUGUGUGCUCUUCCGGGAAAUGACCCGAUAUAUCAGGGACGAGGUCAAAGAUGAUACGGCCAUUAACAUUUUACAGACGCUGGUAAAGACUGGUAUAGACCGGAUAGAGCUGCGGGAUGAGAUUCUGGUUCAGCUGUUGAGGCAGACCAAUGAGAACCCAGAAACGGACGUCCUUCGACAAGCAUGGGCGAUCAUGUGCCUGUGUACUGCUUCAUUUUCUCCCAGCAAGAACUUGCACAAGUACCUGCUGUCAUAUGUGAAGUGUUGCUGUUCGGACCCUGUUGGGGGCAGAUAUGCCAUGCAGUGCUACAAACAACUGACCGUGCCCAGGGCUACCACCCGUAGGUACCCUCCAUCCACUGUUGAGAUCAUGAGUGUGCAGAGACUGACUCCUAUUGUAUGUAAAGUCUUCUUUAUGGAUGGCAAGACCAAGGCAAUCAGCCUGGAGCCGGUGGACACAACACAUGAGGUUCUAAACAGAGUGGCCAAAAAGAUUGGGCUUCAGUCUGUGGAGGGCUGGGCACUUUAUGAGGUGACGAAAGAAGCCGAGAGAUUCAUCCGAAGCUAUGAGUAUAUUACUGAUAUUUUAGCAAAAUGGGAGGGCAAUGACUGCCUGUCCACCCAACUUAGUGCAUACGAGACCAUGUCCAAGAAAGGACCCAAAAUGGCCCUGGGAGGAGCAGACUCCAGACUGGUGUUCAGGAAACGAGUCUACAGACACGUCCAUGAUAUCCCAAGUGAUCCUAUUGAAUAUCAUCUGUUGUAUGCUGAAGCCGUCCAUAAAGUUGUCAAGUGCGAUGAAUUCAGUGUCUCCGACAAAGUUGCUCUCCAACUGGCUGGACUCCAGGCGCAGUUUCGUUACAGUGAGGCUGACCAGUACUUGUUUAAAAGGAUCCUAGCAUCUUCUGGCAAAAACUGGUCACAGGAGGUGGCCAAAGCUCACAUGCACUAUGGAGGUGACAAGAGCGAGCUGGAAGCCAAAGUGUGGUACCUGACCUGUGUUAAACAAUUCUCUCUCUACGGCUGCACAUUAUUUCCCAUCAUGCACAAGGGAAUGUGGUCGCACACCAGCGAAUCUUUACUAGCCGUCAACAUGGAUGGGGUCAAGUUUGUGCGGGUCAAGGACAAAUCAGUGAUCCACGACUUCAAAUACAGCGACAUCGAGUACUUUCUUAUAGACCCCAAUGAGAAUUAUCUGACGCUGGAGCUGUACAGCACGGCACAGGCUGGCUUGGGGCAGAAGACUUUUGUAUUUGAGACGAGUCAGAAGGAAGACAUUGGCUAUCUCAUCGCUUCCUACUCUCCAGUGCACGUGAAGAUGACCGAUGAAGACAAGCUGAAGCUGUACGAGGAACUGGUCAGAUGUAGGAAGGCUUUGUCUGAGAGCAGACUCCUGCAGCGCCCUGUCCAAGAUGUGGGUUCAGGGUUCAUCAGAAACACUCUCCGAAGGUUGACUAAAUCAAAGAUGGACAGAAUGCGCAGUGUGUCUGCCAGUGACGGCAGCGCCAGUUUCAGCGUGGACUUCUGGUCGUACACCAAGACUCCAAUCAGACAGAGCCUGACCAUGAUCUUUGACCCCAGCAUGGAGGAAUCUGCGGUCAAGAUGUUUACUCAGCUCCUCAUCUAUGCUGGUAUUGAGGAAUCAGAGGAUUCCAACGAGGAGAUGAGAAUGAACAUGGUCCAGGCUUUAAUGCAACGCUGCCUUGAGAGUGAUUUCAUUUGCAAUGAGUUCUUCCUGCAGCUGGUCAAACAGACCACGGAUCAUCCAGAUCCCAACAGUACAGUGAAUGGUCGAAGCUGGCAGCUGAUGGCAGUGACCGCUAGCACAUUAUCUCCUGCCAACACCAGGGUGCAGAAGUAUGUGAUCUGUCAUCUCAAGAAGUGCUCGCUGGACGCAGCAACGGAAGAAGGGAAAUUUGCCAGAUUUUCACUCAAGUGCCUCACUCGUACCAUAGAAAAGAAGAGACGGAAAUUCCCACCUUCAAUAGCGGAGAUACAAUGCGUGAUUCAGAGAAAGCCUAUAACACACAAGAUCUACUUCCUCAAUGGUGAACAACGAGUGAUAGAGUUUGAUUCAGCUGGGACUUGUGGCGAGGUAAUUAAGACUGUGAAGACAAAGAUUGGCAUGAGAUCUGAUGCUGAGUGUUUUGCUAUUUAUGAGAUCAUGGGCAGCUCAGAACGUUGUAUGGCACAGGAUGAGCGUUUGUCGGACACUGUCAGCAAGUGGGAAAGACUGUCUCGUAGCGGAGCUGUCCGAGACCUCAAGCUAGUUUUCAAGAAGCGCCUUUUCAUUGAGCCUUAUGUAAACACUAGUGACCCAGUGGAGUGUGACCUGCUCUUUAACCAGCUCAUCGAGGAUGUGUUUGAACAGAGGAUCCCCAUCACACACAAGGAGGCUGUACAUUUGUGUGCCUUGAAAGUUCAGUCAGAGAUUGAAGAUAUGAAGGCUGGAGAAAUUGAUUAUACAUCUGUGAUGCGAAUCCUGCCACGAGAUAUGAGGUGUACAGUUCGACCGGAAGAGGUGGCCACAACCCACAAAACUGUGUUGGACAUGAGCCCACAUCAGGCUAUAGUGUCGUUCAUCAAUGUGCUGAAACACUGGCAGCUUUUUGGGACAACUGUUUUUGCAGUUUCUCAAACCUACACGUCCACAUUGCCCAAGAAUCUGCAGCUGGGAGUCCACCAGCGAGGGAUCUAUUUGCUGGAGGUGGAGACUUUUAAUGUACUUUCUGCAUACGACUACUCGGACAUUGUCCACUCCAGCCCGGCUAUCAAAAGUAUUAUGAUUGUCAUCGGCCAUGUAGCCAAGGGAAUCAAGUUUAUGUUUAAUACAAAUGAGGCAUCACAAAUUGCUCAGCUGAUUAAAGAUUACACAGAUGAGCUAGAAGCCCGAUGCAUGUACAACCCUGCAGACAACUCCACCCGAGUGUCCACAGCUUUUGAUAUUGCUGAACUAGAGAGACAGAACUGCCUCAUUCAGGCUGCAGAAAUCUAUCACUGA